AUGGCAACCGAUCAAGAGCUGAUUACUCUCGCGCCAAACGAUUGGGCACACUUGCGGGAUCUCUAUCAGCGCGACUGGCCGCAGUACGAGGUGGCCUAUGAAACUGUGCAAAAUUACAUCGAUUGGGCUCAUCAGCUGAAUCACCCACCGGAAGUGACGUUCUACACCCUGCCGGAAAGCUGGCGCAAAGAUGGCACCGUUAUCAUUGUGAGUGGUACAUAUAUAUUCAUCUAUACUCUGGAUGAAACCCUCGACACGCUCCGCCGGACACUGUUGGCGUUCAAAUGGAACCAGUCGUAUUUGGUCGCCAUGACGUACUACCGAGCGUUGGUGUUGGAAGUGUAUAACACCUUGCGCUUGCAAAAGGUGCUCGACAUCCCGAACAUGUUCUACUACUUAAACCGUAAGAAAGCGGCCCAGUUUACCGUGGAGCUACCGGACGGAUUUACCACUGGAAGAAUAUUUCCUGAGCACGCCACACUUAUCAACGAUCGGUGGCGGUUUAAAUCUUCCAAUUCCGAGGCUACAAUUAAACGUCUUCUGCAACUUAACUACUCGAUGGGCUUGUACGACCCGCAAGGGCAGCUAGUGGGGUGGUGCUUACGGGGUGAAAACGGAGCAGUUCAGAUGUUGGAUGUAGAGACAAAACGCAAGGGAUAUGGCACGAUUGUACUCAAAGCGUUUGCAAAAUACUUGGCAGCGAAAAAACUAAAUACCUUUGCCUGUGUCGUUAGCCUUAACGAACCGUCGAAGGCGUUGUUCUUGAAGCUGGGCUUUGCAGAAAUAUGCGAAGUGGGCUAUUUGAUGAACGCUGUAGGAUCAACGUGA